AUGCAGUUCUGUCCAGCUCAAAAGAUCGGAUUUUUGUGUGAUCGAUCGCCAUUAAUCAUGGCCGACGAGGAUCUUGUGCUUGACUUGCAAUGGACUGUCAAGUCCCACGGUCGUGUGUGGGUGCCGCAACAAAAGCAAGUGAAUGGAAUCAGCUUCGUUGCCCUUACGAAGUGGGACCGGCGAUGUGUCUUGGCUAUGUCGGGCCAGGCACUCGAUCUGCGCAAGGACAAAGAAGGCGGUUCGUUGAACUGCCAAGCUUGGCAAGAGCUGCUUCAGUUGCGGCAGAGUGAGGCAGACAAAGCAGUGCAGGAAGCCCUGAAACACGAGGAGACUGAUGAGAAGAAGUUGAAGAAGGUUCAACGGGCUCGCUCAAAGCACGAUUUCCUAGCCCCACCCAUCAUGCACGUCUUUUUCAAGGAUAAGCACAUCAGCAUCCUUUACGAAGGCAUCCAAAGCUCGACGAUUUGGGUGGAAGCAAAUCAAGAGGCCGUGAUGAAGUCCAUCUGGGAGCUGGGGCUUGAUGCCUCGGACAUGAUCCACAAGCCGA